GACUGAAACAAAUAAUUUUGGUUUUAAAAAAUUAAGUUUGAACCAAAUAAUGGUCCCUACUUGAAUAAGCAAGUUUCAAACCUACUCGAAUAAGCAAGCCAGCUGGUAUAUUUGGUAAUUAAAUAGGAAAACAAAGGGCUAUUUAGUGCCAGCUUUAUAUAUAUGCCUUGAUUAGUAGCAGAGAUAUAUCCGGUUGGCUGUAACAGUUGCAUUGAGAUUUAAUUAAUUUCUUGAAGAAGGAAGGGAAAAAAGGUGAGAGAAAUAUGGGUUAUUGGAAAUCAAAAGUUCUUCCAAAGAUCAAGAAAGUUUUUGAGAAAGACAGUGCAAAGAAAGCUGCUGCUGCUGAAGCUUCAAAGUCCUUUGAUGACUCUAAGGAAGACAUCAACAAGGAGUUUGAGGAGAAGAAGAGUGAGCUACAACCUAAAGUGAUAGAAAUCUAUGAAGCAUCAUCAACUGAAAUUAAGACCUUAAUUAAGGAGCCUAAAGAUGCAGGAUUAAAGAAACAUUCCUCUUUAGUUCAAAAGUUCCUUGAUGACCUUGCUAAAAUUGAUUUUCCAGGAUCAAAGCAUGUAUCAGAAGCAUCAUCAAAGCAUGGACCAGCCUAUGUUUCAGGUCCAGUUUUCUUCAUAUUUGAGAAGGUUUCUACCUUCAUUGUAGUGGAAGAGAAGACGGCGGAGGCGGAGCCACCAGCUUCUGGAGUGGAGGAAACAAGUAGCAAAGAAAAAGAAAUAGUAGUGGAAGAAGAGAAAAAAGAGGAGGUAGUAGUGGAGGCUGAGAAAACAGAAGCGGUGGUGGCAGAACCUGCAGCUGAGCCCACCACCGCCACCAAAGUGGAGGAAGCAGAACCAGCAAAGCCUUGAUCAAGUAAAUUAUUAUGUCAUAUUUGUGAAAAUCAAUUAAUCAAUGAUUAUAUAUAUUAAAAAAAAAUUGAAGAUUUGUUAUUCGUUAUAUGUAUGUAUGUAUGUAUAUUUGUGAUUUUUCUUUAUUGGAAAUUUGUUUUUAUUUGUGUAUUUUAAUUUUUUUUUAUUUUUACUUACUGUGAUAUUUUAAGUAUAGGAAAGUGGUGGGAUGGGUUACUUGUCUCUUCUUCUUUCUUUCCUUGUAAUUCUUCUACCUCAUCGAAAAUACAAUGGUCUUUUUCUCUCUCUUUUUUUA